CUUGUGCACCACUGCACCCCCAAUCCUAACUUGUUUAGAAUAUGGGCAGCGCCGCAGCAGUUUGUGAAUCUUUUAUAGUCGCUCAUAACUAGGACUUGCAAUUAAUUGCUUCAUUGGUCGAAUAACAAGAAGAAGAAGAAGAACUGGAGGAGGAGAUAUGGCGAGUGCCCGAUCCACUAUGGCAAGGGCGAUCUUCCAUCUGCCGAUUGAUAUUACGCUUGAAAUCCUAUCGAGGUUGCCUGUGAAAUCCCUCUUGCGAUUCAAAUCCGUAUGCAAAAACUGGAACGCUCUCAUCAAAUCCCCUGAUUUUAUCUCCAAGCAUCUCCGAACACACCCCACUCUCGGUUCCACCUUUCCCCUUGUAACUACUCGCAAUCGUGAAACCCAAAACUAUGCAAUUUCUUUGGUCAACGUUGGGUUUGGCAACGGCCCUAUCGAUCUUGAUUUCCCAUUUUUGAAGAGCAGGUAUCUUUCCAUUGCGGGUAUCUGUAAUGGUCUGGUUUGCAUUAAUUUAUCUUACUUUGGAUAUCCCAUAGUUAUAUGCAAUCCCGUGACCAAACAGCUUCGGGAAAUUCCGAAUUCUGCAUGGAAUUGGUUGAAUGAGAGUUUCGAUGGCAAAUUCUAUGUUCAGCGGGAAAGUUUUGGGUUUGGCUUCCAUCCCAGUGCUAAUGAUUACAAGUUGAUUAGGAUUUUGUUUUAUUCUAUUGUUGGUAGUAAAGUCAAUAUCCGAGCGGUGAUGAAAAAACAUAAUAAACACAAUAUCCGAGCUGAUCUGUAUUCUAUGAGCACUGAUACUUGGACAGAAAUUGAUGUUGAUAAGCUUUCUUUGUUCUUUGGGGAGAUCAAUGGUCAUAGGGAGGUUGGUGGCUAUGUUCUUGGGGAGUAUGCUGACUUGGUGCAGAUUGUUGGAUCUUCUGCUUCAGCGGUCUUGAACGGAGUUUUCUAUUGGCCGGCACGUGAAGUUCCAACUAAUCGAGUGAUGGUUAUGUCUUUCGACAUGGGUGAUGAGGUGUUCAGAAAAAUAAGAGCACCAGCAUGUUUCGAUGGAAAUUGGAAUGAAAAAGAGACUAACUGGCGAUUUACGCAAUUGAAGGAUAAUCUUGCUUGCUUUGUUUAUCCUAAUGACAAAUGCCUUGACGUGUGGGUGUUAAAUGAAGACCAGAGUUCUUGGACAAACCCAUUUAAAGUUGAAUCUUUUUCAAGGAUCACCAAUAAUGUGGGAAGUGGGCAAAGUGGUGAAAUGACAGUGUUGGGAUUUGCGAAAAAUGGUGAAUUGGUAGUGACCGACCAUAAGGUAUCUGGUGAUUUAAAGCUGUUUUUGUAUGAUCCAAAGACAAGGGAAACUACGGAUCUUUAUUUUGGUCAGGUUCCGUAUCCAUCUUCUAUUUUUCUGUUCGAGGGGACCUUCUUUCCAGUCACGCGACCCAAUGAAAUCUUGCUUAACUAGAACAGCAAGAAAAGGAAGCAUUGAAUUCAUGUAAGUGACUCAUGUGAGUUGCUGUUUAGAAUGCCUUGUCUGUUCGCACUUAUUUUGUUGUGCUGGCAAGUUGGGGAGUUAGGCAAGGACUCUGGUGGCAUCUCGGGGAUUUCUUGUAUUGACCUCCUUAGGGCAUUUCAUUCUAGUUUUAUUUUAAUAAUCGCUUCCGCAUUCAAAACAUUUGUCAGAUAUUAAGUUUUUUUUAUAAUUAUUGGAUCACUGGAUAUUUUUGGUUCAUGAGAUGUUUGUGCCCCAUACUCA